AUGGCUCUUUUCCGUACGGGGCAUUAUUGGGUAUGGCGUAUGAAGGUGAUGUUUUCCAAGCCGUUCCCCGACUUUUCUUGCCGCCUCAACGCGCUGGCGACGGCGCUGACGUGUCAAUGGCUCAUGGGGCCGUGCAAGGUCAAUGACGUGGAAAUAGACGGUGGCGUGGUGGGCAAGGGCCACGGUGUGCUUGUGGAACGCUGCCGCUACCUAGAGCAGGCUGGUUGCGCGUCCGUAUGCAUCAACAGCUGCAAAAUACCCACACAGACCUUUUUCGCGAAGGACAUGGGCUUGCCGCUGACCAUGACGCCGAAUUAUGAUGACUUCAGCUGCCAGCCUACUGCCGCUGUAGUCAAGGCGGAACCCGGUGCUGCGGCAGCUGUGAAGAAGGGCGCGAGCGCCGGCGGACCGGGGGGACUGCCCCAGCGCUCCGCAGCCACCGCUGGCGUAGCGGGGAGCGGCGGGCCGCAGGCGGCUGGGCGGCGGCAGGCGGCGGCAGCCAAGCAGGCUAAGGCGGGGGACGAGGAGGAGGGAGAGGAGGCAGCCACGGACCAAUGGGUGCAGUGCAGCAAGUGCCAGACGUGGCGGCAAGUGCCGGAUGAGUUCUGGCCUGACAUCGCAAACUUUGACGAGGAUGAGGACUGGAUGUGCAGGGACGCGCUAUGGGACGUGGAGGAUUACGAGCCCAACACACCAGCUUGCUGCUGAGUACACCUUUACAGCGCGGUAUAAUGGAGCGUAACGGGAAACUCUGCCAAGGGCUCUCGGUUCCGUGGGGCCCUUGUGCACAAGAAAGCGCAUGCUGACAUUGCGGCAACCGCGGGAGCAAGAGCUGCUGCUGCUGCUGCUGCUGCUGCUGCUGCUGCUGCCGCUGCCGCCGGGGUCGCUCGUUCCGAAUCCGACCCAGAUCCUGCUGCAAAGAGGCGCUAAUGAGGCGUGGGCCCUGUACCACAUUACGAAGAGUGGGCGGUGGUCCUUGCGGUGCGUGAGCGGCUCGGCGAUAGCAUUUUCAGGUUAAGGGAGGGCCGUGUGAAAGACACACGGCUCCAGGGAUAGGGCGCCCAGUAGCGGGAAGGCUGCAUGGGCCUGAUGUACGGGAUACAUGGGAUGCGUAAUUUAAAUCGGCGCGAUGUCGAACAGGUCUGGCUCAUGCAGACAGGGCGGAAUGGCGCGGUGGUGGCCUGGUCUGUCUGUUUGUCUGUCUGCCUGUCUGUCCAGCGAAAAGGCGGUUUACCUGAGCUCGUUAUGUGCGUGUAUGCGUCUGCCAAUGUAGUCCAGAACUGCGUCUUUCCUCUCUUCACUGCGCGGUGCAGCGAGUAACGUGGGUUGGAGGGUUUUGCGAAAGAU